AUGGGUAAAGCAGAAAUAGGUACAGCUAAAUAUCAAGCAAAGAAACUAAAAGCUGCAGGUUUACAGAAAUUAAAAUUUUAUUGUCAAAUAUGUGAAAAACAAUGUCGAGAUUACAAUGGUUUUAAAAAUCACUUAUCAUCACCAUCACACUUAGGUAGAAUAUCAAACAUAGAGUCUCUGGGUAAGACAAAGCAAAUAGUAGAAGAAUAUAGCUCACAUUUUAGAAGUGAAUUUCUUAAUUUACUUCGAAUCAGUCAUGGGACAAAGAAAAUUAAUGCAAAUCGAUUUUAUCAAGAAGUUAUCAUAAAUAAAGAUCAUAUUCACAUGAAUUCAACCAAAUGGAGGACUCUCACUUCUUUUGUUAAGUACUUGGGUAAGAGUGGGUACGUUAAAGUUUAUGAUGCUGGAUCUGAUGAUGAAUUUAACCUUGAAAUUUCGUAUAUUGAUAGAUCGAAAUUCAUGGAUGAAAAACAAAAGGAGAUGGAUGUUCAAAGUAAAGAGGAUGUAGAUAUUACGGAGAAAUUGCUAGAUAGACAGAUUAAGAAAGGGAACGAGAAAGCAGAUGUGAAGGAAGAUAAUGCUCCUAUAUUACCAGCUGCGAAAGGUCCAAUAAAAUUAAAUAUUAAAAAGAAACAAGUGAAGAAGUUGAAAAAUGCACUAGAAGAUGAGUAA